AUGUCAGGUCUCGACGUUGAAGCUCUCCUCGAAUCAACCGCUGCAGCAACCCCGCAAGACUCCGCUCAGUCUCAGGACCGCGAUGACCGCUCAAAAGCCGAUAGCAGUGAACGCCGUGAUCGUGAUCGCUCGCGGGAUCGGGAUCGCAGACGGCGCGACCGGAGCCGAGAACGUCGCCGAGAACGAGAUGUUGAUGGAGAUGAAGACAUGAAGAGUCCGAGAAGCGAACACGGCAGUGCUAACGGAAGCCAUAGAAGCAGAAAGAGGAGCAGAAGCCGUGACAGUCGUCGGUCUCGUCGUGAUCGCUACGGCGAUGACUACCGCUCUUCUGGCGACUAUUACCGCGGAGGUGGACGGCCUCGCACUCGCUCUCGCUCCCCCUAUGAUGACCGCUACUACCGCCCCUCGGGUCGCGCUCCGCGAGAAGACCGGGAAGAUGAACGACGCUCCCGCCGUGAACGCAAGCGCAGCCCAAGCCGGGAGAAGUCCCCAGAGCUCAAUGAGGAUGAACGUGACAGACGUACAAUUUUCGUUCAGCAGCUUGCGGCACGUCUAAGAACGAAGGAACUGAUUGCUUUCUUCGAAAAGGUUGGACCCGUUAAAGAAGCUCAGAUCGUCAAGGAUCGUGUGAGUGGAAGAUCUAAAGGUGUUGGCUAUGUCGAGUUCAAGAGCGAAGAAUCCGUCGCACCUGCUAUUCAGCUCACCGGACAGAAGCUUCUAGGAAUUCCAAUCAUCGCACAAUUGACGGAAGCGGAGAAGAACCGCCAGGCCCGUAAUCCGGAGGCCAGCAGUGGACAUAAUCACGCUGCUCCAUUUCACAGGUUAUACGUGGGUAAUAUCCAUUUCAGUAUCACUGAAAAUGACCUCCAGAAUGUCUUUGAACCGUUUGGUGAACUUGAAUUUGUUCAAUUGCAAAAGGAUGAAGCAGGUAGGAGCAAGGGUUACGGCUUUGUACAGUUCCGUGACCCCAACCAAGCCCGAGAGGCAUUGGAGAAGAUGAAUGGCUUUGACCUUGCUGGUCGCGCAAUCCGCGUUGGCCUUGGCAACGAUAAGUUCACCCCUGACUCGUCAGCGCAACGCUCGCAGAGCCAUGGUGCGAACCAACCAAAUUUCCAGGGCUCUUCGUUCUCCGGCCAGGGAGGACGUGGUAUCCAGGCUGGCGGUACUAGUAACUUCGACCGUGCCGGUGGCCGCGAUUCUGAAAAGGGAGCCGGCGCUAGUGCUCUGGAUGAUACAGACGUUGCCGGUGUGAACUUCAACAACUAUAGUAGGGACGCAUUGAUGAGGAAACUUGCAAGAACAGAUGAACCUGCCGAACCUGCUGCCGAUGAUAAGCAGAAGGUGCUCCGACCCAAAACAGAAACCAAGCCGCUGCCGGUCAAUGUCAACAUGGCCAGUCGAUGCGUUUUGCUUCGUAACAUGUUUGACCCUACGGAAGAAGAGGGCGAGGCCUGGAUCAAGGAGCUGGAGGAUGACGUCCGCGCUGAGUGCGAAGACAAAUAUGGCCAUGUUGUUCACAUUGCAGUAGAUCCCAACUCUCAAGGCGACAUCUACCUCAAGUUCGACAGAGUCCAAGGCGGCGAGAAUGCCAUCAAGGGUCUCAACGGUCGAUUCUUUGGCGGUCGACAGAUCACCGCUCAGCCUGUCGUCGAUGCCGUAUACAGCAGUUUGUUCUCCCGCACAAAGGCAAUCUAG